AUGGCGCUUAAUGUUCUCUGGGCAAUAUUUUUCCUUCUCACUUUUACAACCAGUGCAGCUAAUUCAAAUUGGUUGAACCAUGGAGGAGAUAUAUAUAACAGAAGAUAUGCAAAGGAAGAAACAGAGAUAAGUCCAAGAACAGUUUCAAAAUUGCAGUUGAAAUGGAAAUUCUAUGCAGGGAAAGAUAUUACGGCGACACCGGCGGUUUACGACGAAACCCUUUAUUUUCCUAGUUGGAAUGGACAUAUUUAUGCUGUGAAGGCUGAUGAUGGGUCUUUGGUGUGGGAGAAGAACUUAGAAGAACUUACUGGAUUAAGAGGAACAGGAAUGAUUUAUGGAGUUAAUGUGACUGUUUCAAGAUCUACACCAACUGUUGCUGGAGACAUUCUUAUAUUUGGAAUUUAUGGUCCUGCUGUUGUGAUUGCAGUGGAAAGAGAAACUGGGAAUCUUGUUUGGUUGAAUAGGCUGGACAGCCAUAAUGCUUCUCUUGUUACCAUGUCUGGAACUGCCUACAAUGGGGCUUUUUAUGUGGGAACUUCAUCAGCAGAGGAAACUGUAAGUGCAGACAAAUGUUGCACUUUCCGUGGUAGAAUGGCCAAACUAGAUAUCUCAACUGGAAAAAUAUUAUGGCAAACCUUUACUCUUCCAGAUAACAAUGGUCAACAAGGAGGAUAUGCAGGUGCAGCUAUUUGGGGAAGUAGUCCCUCCAUUGAUACUUCUCGUGGUCUUGUUUAUGUUGGAACUGGAAAUCUCUACUCUGCUCCUUCUUAUGUUCUUGAUUGCCAGAAGAAUUCCACUAGUAGUGAUCAGGUCAACACAGCUUCUUAUGGUGAUGAAUGCAUUGAACCAGACAAUCAUGAAAAUUCAAUCUUGGCUUUUGAUAUCAAUGAAGGAAACAUCAAAUGGUUUCGACAGUUAGGUGGAUAUGAUUUAUGGUACUCUGCUUGCAGUAGUAAUGCUAAUACUCCUAAUUGCACUCCUGGUUCUAACCCUGAUGCUGAUUUUGGUGAAGCACCCAUGAUUCUUAGUAUAGUUGUUAAUGAAACCAAGCAUGAUAUUGUGACUGCAGUACAAAAAAGUGGAAUUGCUUGGGCAUUGGACCGUGAUACCGGUGACAUUAUCUGGUCUACGGUAGCUGGCCCUGGUGGUAUCAUGGGAGGAGGGAUCUCAGGAGCUGCAACAGAUGGUUUGAGAGUCUACACAAAUAUUGCUAACAGCAAACAUAGGAACUUCACCCUUUCACCAUUAAAUAAAACAACAACAGCAGGUGGAUGGGUGGCUAUGGAAGCAAACACAGGAGAAGUACUUUGGUCAACAGCAAACCCAAGCAAUGCCACAGCUAAUGGUCCAGUAACUGUCGCUAAUGGUGUCUUAUUUGCUGGCUCAACAACUCAAAAAGGGAACAUAUAUGCAUUAAGUGCAGAGAAAGGGAAGAUAUUGUGGUCUUAUGAGACAGGUGCAACAGUAUAUGGUGGCAUUUUGGUAAGCAAUGGUUGCAUAUACGUUGGGAAUGGAUUUAAUGUAACACUUGCAGCAAUUUUACUGAACUCUACUCCUGGAACUUCCCUCUUUGCCUUUUGCCUUGAUUAAUGAUUAUUGCUUCUUAACCCUAC